AUGGCAUUUGUUAUAUUACAUAAUGGCUUAACAGGAUUGAUAAAUGUCAUUUUGGGUGUGACAAGAUUAAUUGAUAUAAAUCAUUUUACAAGCAAUCAAUUAGUUAACAGUUAUUAUUGCUUACUACAUUACAGUAAUAUCUUAACAUUACUUCUUUCACUGAAUGGUUUGGGUUUAUUGGCAUACAGUUUGGAUCGUUUAUUAGUAAUUCGUUUUCCGAUUAUGUAUUUCAAGAAUAUGAAAAAAGUUGUCAUUAUUCUUGUAAUCAUGAUUUACAUCAUUCCAUUUAUUACCAUGAUUAUAUCAAUUGCGCUUGAGCUACUUUUACCGCCACGCUAUGUUCCACCCAUUUGUUUUGAACAUUUAAUCUAUGCGGAGAAUACAUAUUCGGUUAUUUUAUGUAUACGAACAUUAGCUGCUACAUUAAGUAUUCCAGUAAUGUUACUUGUUAUUGUUAUUAUGCAUAGAAAACGCCAAACGAUAAUAGCAAUGAAUCAAUCAAUUUCAUUUGCUAAUAUCGAUGCUUUUAUCGAACGACAAAAAGCUUAUACAAAAACAGCAAUUUGGUCAUGUUCAACAACAUUUUUCCUAUACAUUGUACCAGCAAUAAAUCAAUUAAUACAUGAUCGAUUGGAUACUCUUAAUGAGAAUGAAAUGGCACUAUAUGCUCUUCUAUUAGGUAAUAUUAAUUCAUACAAUAUGGUAAUUAUUUUUAUCUAUCGACAAAAAGAUAUCCUAAAAGAAAUUAUAAACAUGUUGACCGGUUGUCAUUCAUUAAAAAAAACGGAAAGAAUAAUUCCACUUUUUGUGCAACGAAUUAAUGGAGUAAGAAUUGUUUAA